AUGAGUUCUGAUAUUGAAAGCUUCUUAUGUAAUUAUUUGCAAACGACCCAUUUCUCUAUACAACUGGACGAGUCAACUUUACCUGAUAAUGCAUGCAUUAUUAUUGGCAUAUGUUCGUUUUAUUAUGAAUCAAGAAAUCUACGAAGAACUGCUCUUCGCAAGAACUUUGAUAACCGACACUAA